CCCUCCCUCUCCACUCCUCACCUUCUCUCGAGUCUCUGACGUGCGUCACGAAGACACGUCAUCAACUAGAGACACGCACGCACGCACACACAAGAGUAGGAUGAGUCAGAAUGGGGUGCGUGAAAACUCAGGUGUCAUCCUGAACGCAGCAUAAGGAGGACACACGCGCGCGCACACACACGUACACACACAUACACACACACCUACACGCACACACCUACACGCACACACAGUGUCCAGGUGCGCUUUUGGGAUUAACAUAAGGAAAUGGAUUGCAUUUGUUUCCCUCAUAAGGACGUCACGGCGCAAUUGGGUUCAUGUCCCUAAAAGGUCAAGUGAGUGACAUCAUUAUGGCGGAAACUGCCAAAUAUGGUUACUUCCGUAAAAGGCAAGUGAGAAACGUCACAUGACAUCGUCGUGGGGUGUGUGGGUUCCACCUGAGCUCUCGUUUUACUUUUGAAUGAUUUUGUCAUCAUCAUCAUCAUCCUCGUUGUCUGACAGUCAUCAUCAUCGGUUUUGUCAUUAAUUGUCGUCCUCUUCAACACAAUUGUCAUCUUUCUCCUCUUUGUCGGAAGUCAUUGUAAUUGUCAUGGUGAUUGUCGUGAUCGUCAGCAGUGACAGUAUCGUCGUCAUGCCCACGCUCAUCUUCAUCAUGCUUGUUUUUGCCGUGACCUUGCCGGGGGUGUCGUCUUUCAAUCCCUUUUGUCGCUUUUGCUGUCAUUUUGCUUGGGCCGUCCGUCUUUCCCGCCUGUCUGAUCUCCUCCCAUUUCUUCUUGGCCUUCAUCUUCUCCCGCAAGUAAAUAAGGCCGCCCUUCCUUUUCUUCUGCCGAACCCCGCCCACUGCCAGACCCGCUUGUCUGAGGAAAUGCGUCCGCCGACUUUCAGACGACAGCGGCCGGCGUUAUAAAUAGGACGGCAGGACGGAGGCUAUCAAGAGGCGGAGGAGAGACGGGACAGCAAAUUUGGGUCAGCUCUGCAACCUGGCGUCUUGAGGCCUGCCCGGCGUUCCGUGUCGCGUCCUUCCUGGGGGUUCUGCCUUUCCUGCCUCCGGUCCAACACCGUCGAGCGUCAAGCUCCCUUUGAGUGCAGAAUGGAGAUGCGCGACAUGGUCCACGUCCAGGGCUCGACCGUCCGCCGACCACCUGGCUUUGCUCGUCUUGCCUUCGGGAGCCCCCGUCUGGGUGCUUGCGCUGAGUAAAUGGCCUCCAGCCUCCCCUGAGGUCCAGCAUGUCAGAUGUAGUCACAGAGAGCACUCCCUCUGAAGAAGACCUCCACACACACACACACGCACACACACACAUACACACACACGCAUGCAUGCAUACGGUCGCUUUCUUUCUUGAGGUGUUGAUUGCGACGCGAGCCGAAUUUGCCAUGUCGGCCCGGCAGGCUUGUUAUUGCUCCGCCUUCCGACCCAAUGAAAGGCGAGCUAUUUAUAGGCGUGGAUGUAACCCGGUGGGAAACGGCGGCUCGAUCGAUGGCAGAGGAGCGCAACGCAAAUCUGAAAUGUGAUUUUCUCUUGAGCUGACACUCGUGAUUCUUCCUCCUCCUCGUUGCGUGCACGUGAAGGUCACGAUUGAAGGUUGAUGAUGUCAUUUAUCUGGUCCUCUUUUUGCGUUUGCAGCAGCCGAUGCCGCGCCGGUGCGGAAAGACGGCGAUCAGGCGUGACGCGCUCCAUGAAGGACAAGGUGACCAAGCCCACGGCCAUGGCCCAGGGCCGCGUGGCCCACAUGAUCGAGUGGCAGAGCUGGGGCAAGCCGUCGGCGGGGCCGCUCGGGGCCACCGGCCGCAGCAACCUGCAGCGGGAGAAGGAACGCCGCAUGGAGAACGACGCCUACAGCGACCUCAGCGACGGCGAGAAGGAGGCACGCUUUGCCGCCGGCAUCAUGCAGCAGUUUGCCAUCUCAGAGGCUACGCUCUUCGGCUGGACCUCCAUGGACGACAACCUGGCCGCUGACUCGUGCCCCGGCAGCGUGGCGCACCUCAGCGACGUCAACCAGGACAGCAUCACCAGCAGAGAGCAUGUCCUCCACCACUCCUCGACAGACGUGUGGCCUCACACGUACGUGUCGCAAGGCCUCUACUGCCUGUCCUCGGCCGACGCAUGGGAGCCCAUCACCAGUCAACCUUCAGGCGUGGCCUCGCCGGCCGCGGGCUCGUACAUUAUGGCACCAGGCAGCGGCGCGGGCAUGACGCCAGCCGAAGGCUACGAGAUGACGAUGGGCGGCUUCCUCCAGCAGCAGCAGCAGCAGCAGCAGAUGAGCCUCCAACAGCACAACCAGCUGCAGCACCUGCAGCAGCUCUACCAGUACCAGCAGCAGCAACUGGUGCACUACCAGCAGCAGCAGUCGUUGCAUAGCGCCUCCCAUUCCCUCCAGGCCACACCCAACAGCACCAUCCACAGUCUGGGCCCGGCCACACACCCGCGCCUGGCCGACCUGUGGGAGGCGGCCCAAGCGCAGCAGGCGGAGCUUGUCGGCCAGCUGAGUGGACAGAUGGCGCAAAUGGUGGCCAGCGGGGACGAGAUGGACAACAACUUCUUUGGCUACGCGGAGCAACGGCAAGAUAGGGACGACGAGGAAGAGGAGGAACUCAUCAGGGUGAGUGACAUCAGCGACCGGUUUUUGGACAUUUCACCAGCCGACCUGCGGUUCCUGUGCGGCCAGGCGCAGGAGGUCACACUAACCUUGGAGUCCAAGCCGUGCCCUCUGACGCCUUCACCGCUGCGGGAGGACACGCCGUCCACAAGAGGUCCAAGUCCGGGCACGCCGGCCGAGAGGAUCCCCUUGUGUGUGACGCCGUCCCUCGUCCAGUCGCCGGUUGACAAGAAGGACGACGACGCAGACCAGGGUGGCGGCGGUAUCGCCUUGGCCGCCAACUGA